UGCUUUCUUCUUCAAUCAUUUCCUUAACGAUCCUCAUUAUUGUCAUUUAAGGGUUUCUUUCAAUGCUCGAAAUUUUUAUGAUUAUUGUCGUAGUUUUAGUGCUACUUCUGCUAACACUACCAAUAGUGGUAGAGAUGUUGUGGAAAGCCCCAAUCAGUUCUUGCAAUCUGUGAGAGAUCGAUGCAGAUCUCGAAGCUUAAGCAAUCUUGAUGUUGCCUUACCCCUGUUUCAUAGAAUGCUUCGCAUAACCCCCUUGCCUUCCAUCGUGGAUUUUAAUCAUUUGCUGAGUGCAAUUGCAAGAAUGAAGCAUCACUCAACCGUGAUUUCUCUGAUUAAAGAAAUGGAAAUGUCAGGAAUUGCUCCCGAUGCUUGUACUCUAAGGGUUUCUGACUAAUUGCUUUUGCCAUUUGAGCAGGGUGGAUUUCGGCUACUCUAUCUUAGCAAGAACUUUGAGACUUGGUUUUCAACCGAACUGUAUAAUUUUUAGUACUCUUGUCAAAGGGCUUUGUCUCCAGGGUAGAAUUGCUGAAGCUGUGAAGUUGGCAAACAAUAUUGAGAAGAUAGGCUACAAACCUAAUACAAUUACCUACGAAACGAUAAUAAAUGGUUUGUGUAAAAUAGGUAAGACUAGUAAAGCUACUGGGUUGUCAAGAAAGAUGGAUGAAGGAAAUCUUGAACUUGAUGUAGUGCUGUAUAGCACAAUCAUUGAUAGUUUAUGUAAGGACAGAUCAGUACCUGAGGCUUGAACUUUUUUCUCUGAAAUGACAAGUAAAGGAAUUCAACCGGAUGUUUUCACUUACAAUUCUUUAAUUCAAGGCCUAUGCAAUUUCGGUAGGUGGAAGGAGGCAAUUAAACUAUGGAAGGAGAUGGUUAAAAGGAAAAUCAUGCCAGAUGUGCGUACAUUCAACAUAGUGACGGACACACUUGGCAAAGAAUGGAGGUUUGAAGAAGCAAAAGAAGUUUAUGAUGUGAUGAUUCAGAGAGGCAUAUAUAGAGAAAUUUUCCCUGAUGUUGUCACUUACAAUUCUCUUAUAGGUGGGUUUUGCCGAGUUGGGAAACUUAAGAAUGCAUUAGAGCUACUCCAUGAGAUGCAAGAUUUUUUUGGGAGAAGUGAAAUGGAAAUGGAAAUUGUUUGGAUUGGUUACCAAACAAGCUCAUUGUUUCAUGAGAUGGAAGACAAAAAGUUACACCUUGAUAUAGUGAUUUACAGCAUCUUGAUUGAUGGUAUGUAUAAUGCCGAGAAACUUAUGAUUGGAAGAGAACUCUUUAAUACUCUUCCUACUAAAGGUUUGCAAGCUAAUGUUCGGACUUACAAUAUAAUGAUCAAAGGGCUUUGCAAAGAGGGACUACUAAUUGAAGCAAUGGAGCUAUUUGAGAAAAUGGAGGAAAAUGGUUGUUCGCCUAAUGAUUUCACAUAUAACACAAUCAUCCAAGGCUUCUUGCAACAUAAUGAGACAUCAUGGGUAGUGAAAUAUAUCAAAACGAUGGUUGACAAAGGUUUUUCGGCAAAUGCGACCACUGCCACCAUUUUGAUUGACUUAUUGUCUACUAAUCGGGUAGAUAAAACAUUACAAGGUUUUUUUCAAAUAUUUGUGUGAAAGCUUUCUAGUUCUUCAAUGUGCAGGACAAAUUUCAUAUUCUAAUC